AUGCUUCCCCGCUUGACCUUCCUCGUCGGCCUGCUCCUGAUAGGAGUUGAUGCAGGACCGUUGCAGAAGCGGUUCCGGUUCGAAAGGCCUCCCAGUGUGUACCCCCCCGAUAUCGUCGACAAGUUGGAGGAAGAAGCCAUCAGCAAGUUUGAAGAAUGGGUGGCCAAGAAUCCCGCGGCGUCCGGCUGCACGCUCGAGACGGCUAGAGAGGAGUACAUCAGCGCCGUGCUCUGCUUGCAAAACCUUCCAGCCAAGGCCCCUAAGGAUAAGUUCCCAGGGGCACGGUCUCGUUACGAUGACUUUGCCCAUCUACUCCCGGCGCAUCGGUAUUUCAUCUGGGUGUAUGAGACGGCAUUGCGCGAUGAGUGUGGCUACACCGGUUACCAACCCUACUGGAACUACGACAGAUAUGCGGCCGAUCCUAUCAAUUCGCCCCUUUUCAACGGAAAUGCGUCUAGCAUGGGUGGAAACGGUGCACCCAGCGAAUACCCCGGGGUCAGACAGAUGGGAUUCAAGCCUCCGUAUGAUAUAAUUCCUUCUGCUGGCGGUGGAGGCAUGGUGGUGAGCCUGGGGCCGCUAUCGACCAUCGUGUCGGACAUCCCCCCGAACCCGCAAAAGGACGGACUGGGCUCGAACCCGCGCUGCCUGCGCCGGGACGUGAACAAGUACUCGGCCUCUGUCACGACCGCAGACCACGCGUACAAGCUCAUCACCGAGAGCCCGGACAUCGAGACCUUCCAGAAGAUCCUGCUCGGUCAGCCGGACAAGAACGACUGGGGUAUCCAUACCGGCGGCCACUACACCAUCGGUGGUGACCCCGGCGGUGAUUUCUUUGCCUCCCCUGGCGACCCUGUGUUCUACUUCCACCACGGCGCGAUCGAUCGGUUCUGGUGGAUCUGGCAGAUGCAGGAUCCCGACAACCGUAUGUAUCAGUACCCGGGACAAACUCUGAAGUCCGGCCAGACGCCCGACGAGUUCGCCGAAAAGGAUGUCAUUAACAUCAACUGGCUGGCGCCGAACGUUACUGUGAAAAACAUGAUGACGAACAUAGGCGGCCACGAUGGGAACUUCUGUUUCAUCUAUAUUUAA